AUGGAUGACAAGUCGUCCAAGUCCUCUGCUCCUGUUGUCUCUACUGAGACUGUUAAUGUGACUAUUACAUCUAUCAAGCUCAAGGGGAGCUUGAAUUAUUCGUUACGGGCCCAGGUAGUCAAGGUUUAUAUUAUGGCCAUGAAGAAACUUAAAUAUAUUAUCUCAGAUCCUCCUGCAUCUGAUUCUAGUGGUUACGAAGAUUGGAUGCAAGAGAAUGCAAUUAUUCUGAUAUGGUUAUGGAACAGCAUGGAGCCCAAUAUUGCUGCGAAUCUCCGUCGGUCCAAUAAGCCUCUCCAGGAUUAUUAUAGCUCCUUCAAAGGUCUUGUUGAGGAAUUAAAUGUUUUUCAGCCUCUCACUACUGACAUAGACAAACUCAAGGAACAACGAAAUGAGUUUUUUGUUUCCAAAUUUCUGGCUGGUCUGGAUCCUGAUUUGAACUCUAUCAAGGGACAUAUUCUUGCUGGUGAGACAGUCCCUACACUUGCUGACACUUUCUCUCGCCUUCAGCGUAUUUCCUCUCCUAAGAAGAAUGAUUCCGCUCCCAAGGAAAGCUCAGCCUUUGUUGUUGGUCGUGGUCGUGGCCAUGGUCGUAGUUCAGGAAGAGGUCGUGGUGGUGGUGGUCAAGGUCCUAGUGGCCAAUCAGAUUGGGCACCUCAGUCAACCAAUCAUGCAGUGAUAGAUGGUGGUAAUGAUGGUACUUCCCAUGGCAAUUCUCUACAGGGUCCAAUGACAGGUAGCAGCUCUACUACGACUCCUCUCCGUGAUGAUCUCUCCCAGAUAUUACGACGGUUACAGAACCUGGAGGCAUCCAGUCAUACAUCCACCGGGCCGUCAUCUUCCUCUGCUACUCUGGCUCAUGCAGGUACACCUGCCUCCUUUACCACUACUACUCCACCCGGGAUCAUUGACACUAGGGCUUCUGUUCAUAUGACUGGUGAGUCGUCAUUGUUUACAUGUUACUCUCAUACGCAAUUAUCUUCACUUGUUAUACUUGCAAAUGGUUCAUCUGCUCCUGUUUCUGGGCCUUGUACAGUUUCUCCUACUUCCUCCAUUAAUAUUUCAUCAAUGUUGCAUGUUCCUCAAUUAUCAUUGAAUCUUCUUUAUGAUCUUCACAUGAGGAAGACAAUUGGUGGAGGGUGUGAAAAGGACGGACUGUACUAUCUUAAAUGUGGUGCUACCUCUUUUGCUGCUGCUACAUCUGUUGGUGGGAUGACUCCUCUCCAAUGGAAUAAGAGUGCUUUCAUGUAUUUUGUUACAUUUGUGGACGACCAUUUUCGUUUUACGUGGUUAUACCUCUUGAAGGAUCGUUCCAAGUUUCUUUCUUAUACUCAAAAUGAGAUUUCUGACUUCUGUGUUGCCAGUGGUAUGAUUCAUCAAAGUAGUUGUUCCUACACCCCAGAACAAAAUGGAGUGGCGGAACGUAAGAAUAUACAUAUAUUUGAGGUUGCACGCACUAUAAUGUUCCAUAUGCAUGUUCUAAAGCAUUUUUGGUGUGAAGGGGUACUCACUGCCUAUUACUUGAUCAAUCGCAUGCCUUCGUCUGUUCUUGCCAACAAGUCUUCAUUUUCUAUUAUUUUUCCUGGUCAACCUAUUUUUCGUUUACCUCCUCGUGUUUUUGGGUGUGUCUAUUUUGUUCAAAAUAUACAUGUCAACUCUGAUAAACUCUCUCCCAGAUUUGCUAAAUGUAUUUUUCUUGACUAUUCUUGUACCCAAAAAGGGUACAAGUAUUAUGACCCUGUGGCCCAUAGGUAUUUUGUGAGUGCUGAUGUAACAUUCUUUGAGGGUAGUUCUUAUUUUUCGUCAUCUCCCUUCGUUUCUAGAAAUGAGUGGCCUGUAGUUACUCCUCCCGUUCCUAUCUUGGUUCCUUUCUCUCCACCAUUACAGGUUUAUCAGCGGCGGAACAGGAUAGUACCACAGGAGGAGGUUUCCAAAGCUCCGACCGUUUCACCACCGCUACCUGCUUCUUCUUCUAGUGAAGCUCUGCCUUCUUCUUCGUCUAAUGACUUACCCAUCACCUUGCGCAAAGGUACUCGUUCUUACACCCAAAGGUCCAAUAUUGUGUAUUCUAUUGAUAAAAGGGUGCCCCUGGUAAAGGUGAUUUAUCGUCCUAAUUGGCAUAUGGAUCUAGUUGCAUAUUCUGAUGCUGACUGGGCUGGAUCGGCUAGUAAUCGUCGCUCCACUACAGGAUAUUGUACAUUUGUUGGGGGAAAUCUUGUUUUGUGGCAUAGUAAGAAACAAACAUCUAUUGCUCGAUCGAGUGUUGAGGCAAAGUACAGGGCUAUGGCUCACACUACUACAGAGUUGAUGUGGCUCAAGUCUCUUCUUCUUGAGAUGGGUUUUCCUGUGCCUACUCCAAUGAAGAUGUAUUGUGAUAACCAUGCGGCUAUAUACAUUGCUAGUAAUCUUGUUAACGGACAAAGCAUAUUGAAGUGGACUGUCAUUUUGUUCGCGAUGCCGUCAUGA